AUGUACCCGAUGCUUCAACUUUUAACUUCUAUGAUGACGGAUAUGAAAUCCUCCAUUGAUGAUCUCAAGGACAGAAUGAAAUCGAUGAAGGAUGACUUACAUGCCAUGCAAAUCACCAACACUGAUCUUGUAUCACAACUAGCGGCCAAAACAGUGGCUUUUAAGGAACUGGACGAUGAAAAUGUGUACUUACGUAAGCAACUGAUUGCAUGUAAAUCUGACUCAUCAAAUUCCAAAAAGGGCACUCUUGUGGUAGGCAGCUCUAUUGUUAGGGACUUCGACAGUGAUAAACUGGUCAAUACUGAUGUUGAAUGUAUUCGUGGAGGGAAGAUCAAGGAUGCCCACAAACACAUUACCAACCUAGAUAAACAAUAUGACAGGAUUAUUUUCCAAAUUGCCAGUAAUGAUGCCGCAGAAAAGGAUGCCACUGUCAAGGGCAUCACUGACGAAUAUAAUACCAUGCUAAUUGGAGCCGCGCCAAGAACCUUUGCAAUGAUAUUUAUAAAAAACAACACAAUCAACAAUGGAUUCCUUGACGCUAGGGGUCUCCACCUAUCUAAAGCUGGCUCAAAUAGUCUCGCUAGAAACAUGAAACUUUCAGUUAAAGCCAGUCAUCAGCAAGACAUCACUAAACCAUACCAACACCGCCGUCAGUCCCCUAGAGUUAACACUGAUGCCCAUAAUCCCCCUACACCCCAGGACGAUGGGGAAUGGCAAACUGUCCCAACAAAAAGCACCAGGAGCAGCAGACCACAAAAGUCCAUCCCAAGUCAUCGCCAUAGGGACAAUUAUCAUGCCAAUACCAAUGACUCAAACCCUACCUGCUUUAAAUGUGGCGAAUCUUCUCACUUGGCCAGUACUUGCUGGCACCCCUCAUCUGUCCGAUGUUACGGCUGUAACCAGCUUGGACACAAGGAAUCCAGGUGCCCUUCUUCCUCCAAUGGAGGCAAAUAG